AUGAAAUUUUGAAUAUGAGUAAAAAUGUUGUACUUGGAUAUUAGAAUACGAAGAACAUAACGAAGGAAGACACGUGAUAUGAAAUUUUGCAUGAUGAAACCUUAUCGUAAUGGUAAAAGAAAUAGCCACAAAACAUAAGUGGAGGCUGAUAGUUCUCCAUGUAGUUAUCUAUCUUCAUUAGUUUUUCUCUCUCUCGAUCAUUCACUCCAAUGGACAACAGCGACACUAACACACCGACCACCGCAGAGGCAGAAGUAGCACACGAUUUCCCCGGUCUCAUCCGUGUCUUCACUGACGGUCGCAUCCAACGUUUCAAAGGAACCGACGUCGUUCCACCCUCCACCCCCACCACUCACCCCGUCUCCUCCAAAGACGUCAAUCUCAAUCCUCAUUCCACUCUCUCCGCUCGCCUCUUCCUCCCGACACCUCCAUCCACCACCACCAACCACCGCCGCCGCCUCCCUCUCUUGGUCUAUUUCCACGGCGGUGGCUUCUGUACCUCCUCCCCCUUCACCUCAACCUACCACCACUACAUCGCAGCUGUCGCUGCCGAAGCCAAGCUCGUCGCAGUCUCCGUCCAGUACAGGCUGGCCCCGGAGCACCCUAUUCCGGCAGCGUAUGAGGAUUCAUGGGCUGCACUGCAGUGGGUCGCGUCACAUCGCAGUAACGCUGGACCAGAACCUUGGUUGAAUGAAAAUGUAGACUUCGGAAGAGUGUUCUUGGCCGGGGACAGUGCUGGUGCCAACAUAGUGCAUAACUUAACUAUGUUACUUGGGGACCCAGACUGGGACAUUGGCAUGGACAUCCUAGGAGUUUGUCUUGUCCACCCGUAUUUCUGGGGAUCGGUUCCUUUGGGAUCCGAGACCAUGGAUUUGGAUAGGAGAGCUUUUGUGAACCGACUGUGGCCCUUUGUGUGUCCGGAGUUGCCGGACAAUGAUGACCCACGGAUUAACCCGGUGGGGGAGGGAUCACCGAGCUUGGCGUGGCUAGGGUGCAGGAGGGUGCUGAUUUGUGUGGCGGAGAAGGAUGUGCUAAAGGAGAGAGGGUGGAUUUACUACAGUUCUUUGAGUAGAAGUGGGUGGAUAGGGGUGGUGGAAAUUAAGGAGACUCAAGGGGAGGGUCAUGUCUUUCAUCUUCAUGACUUGGCUAGUGACAAGGCUCAGGAUUUGAUCAAAAGCUUGGCUCGUUUCUUCAACAGAGAUCAGCCUCCUUCAAUUUAAUGCACUACUCGUGUAAUUCAACCAGGACUAGCAAGCUAUAGCAUUGGUUCCAAUUCAUUCGUGUUUUAAGUAUGCUUUCUGUUUA